AUGACAGCAGCAUCUUCCACAUCUCUCGUCGCCACCCUCAGCGAGAAGAAGAGGAAAGAGCCCCCAACGGCCCCCGUCGGGCCCUCCAAAGCUCCGAUAUCCCCAAGAACAAGUGGAAGCCCCACACCGCCCGCCAGAGACGGCGCUUGGAGGCGUAAGAGAGAGAAGGAAGAGAGAGAGAGAGAGAGAGAGAGAGAGAGAGAGAGAGAGAUGCGACGGCAUUAAUGAUGGGUCUAAAGCCUGAUUAGGGUUUUCGUCAUUUAUUAGGGUUUUCUCGGCGAGUCAGUACCCUGGAGAGGAGGAGAGACGGAGGCUCGCAGAAGAACUCGGGAUGAAUCCCUCGCAGGUGAAGUACUGGUUCCAGAACCACCGUAUCCGGGUGAAGGUAUCCCGCCCCUCCUUCCUCUCUCCUUCUCCCCCCCCUUUUCUUUCUGAAAUGCAUGGACACGGAAAGAGAGAGAGAGAGAGAGAGAGAGAGAGAGAGAGAGAGAGAGAGAGAGGGAGAGUUCUCUCAGAGUGAUAACAGCCUUGAUUGGGUGAUUCAUCCUCUUCGGAUGAAGGCAUCCCCUCCUUCUCACCUUCCUCUCUCCUUCUCUCUCCCCCUUCUUUCUAAAAUGCAUGAAAUAUAUAUAUAUAUAUGGAGAGAGGGAGAGAGAGAGUUCUCUCAGAGGGAUAACAUCCUUGAUUGGGUGCUUCAUCAUCUUUGCAUGAAGGUAUCCGCUCCUCCCCUUCUUCCCCUCUCCUUCUCGCUCCCCCACCCUCUUCUUUCCAAAAUGCAUGAAAGAGAGAAACUUCCCUGAGUGAUAACAUCCUUGCUUGGGUGCUUCAUUGUCUUCGGAUGAAGGUAUCCCUUCCUUCCCUUCUUCCCCUCUCCUUCACUCUCCCCUUCUUUCUAAAAUGUAUGAAAUAGAGAGAGAGAUAGAGAGAGAGAUAAAGAGAGAGAUAGAGAGAGAGAUAGAGAGAGAGAUAGAGAGAGAGAUAGAGAGAGAGAUAGAGAGAGAGAGAGAGAGAGAGACUACUUUCAGAGCGAUAACAUCCCUGAUUGGGUGCUUCGUCGUCUUCGGAUGAAGGUAUCCCCCCCCCCCUACUUGUAAAAUGCAUGAACACUGUAAGAGAGAGAGAGAGAGAGAGAGAGAGAGAGAGAGAGAGAGAGAUAACAUCCUUCAGUCUGUGGUUUUAUCGUCUUCCUAUCUCAGGCUCAGGAGGACAGAGAGCGCAGCGCGAAACUCCGGCGGGAGAAUACCAAGUUGACUGAGGAGAACGUUCGCCUCAAGGCCACUGUGGAUGGCGCUCUCUGCGACACAUGCCGCGGCUCCGGCAAGCUGAAACACCCCUCACCCGAAGUGCAACGCCUCCGCCUGGAGAACGCUUUGAUCAAGCAACAGGUAACCUGAUAGAAAUCAAAUCUACCCAUUUCAUUGAUUAUUUUUAGAAACCUGCAGCCCCUCCUCCGCCUUUCUUCAAGAAGAAGAAGAAUAACCCUGGUUUGUCUCAGCUAGGUGAAUGCUGACGUCCGCCAUUGUCCUAAUUUGGCAGGUGGAGACGAUUUCUGCCGUCAUUUCCAGACACCAGAUAGGGCAGCGGGCAAAGAGACAGCCGCCAUCUAUCGAGUAUCAGUUCCUCUCUCCUCGCCCUUCCCGUUCUCCUGUCGGAAUGGCGGCGGCGGCGGCAGGAGAGUCCGACGGCGGCGACCAGAUGAGCCUCCAAGGAGAGGUCAAAGCCCCGCAGCAGAAGAAGGCUACCGAGCUCAACAACAAAGAAUAG